UGUAACCAAUAUACAACAUAGCUAUCAAAAGCAUCGGUGAAAACGGCUCCGCGAAAUCCUAUCCUGUGGCAAUAGAAGAAAAUGGAGAUUGAAGAGGCGUUUUAGGUUGGCUGCUUCGGACCUGGUCUGUAACGAAAAUACACAUUUUUUCACUUUUUUUUUUUCCAACGAGUUUAGCCCUUUACAAAUGGCCAUAUAUCAUGUCGAAGCAGCAUAUAUUUUUUCCUACAGAUCAGGCUAAACUUUUCGCUGAUUCUAUUAGUUAGUUGCCUGUUGCCACGCUAGAAAUUCCCCGAUUCAGUGCCAGACAUUUGAAAAUAUCCUUAUCAGAGAAAUUGCGGGAGAAAAAGCCAUGGUUAUCUCUUCCUCUUCUCCCUCAUCUGAUGAAAUAACAGGUAAAGCAGAUGACAAAACCAUUCAACUCUUCCUAGUUCGGCUAUUUUCUAUGGAAUUCACCAUGCAGUGAUGUGAAUCACACACAAUAUCGUAGCCUCUUUCGUUUUUUCAAUGGGUUUGAGCAUUAUAGAGCUCAGCCCUUCGGGAAUUUGUAGCUUUGGAUCGAAGAGUUCUGAAAGCAAGGCGAAAGGUAAGGUUUUUGGUGAUCUGGCUUCAGUUGGAGGGACAAAAGUUGGGAGUUCUAAAGUUUUUCCAGGUUUAUUUUUCUUGAAUCGUAAGAAAAUUAGAAGAAACCUUGUGGAUAGUACUCGAACCGACGGGAUGAUUGGUUGCGGUGUCGAUUUGAAGGAGCUAUGGAGAAAUGGGAUCACUUCGGAUAACAUUUUAAGCAUCCUGAAGCCUAUUUCAGACCCGAUUCAAGCCUUUCAUCUCUUCAAAUCAGCUGCAGAACAGCCCAAUAUUAUUCACACAACCGAUUCCUUCAAUUACAUGCUUGAGUUGUUGAGAAGCCAUGGUAGAGUAGAAGAGAUGGCCAUUGUGUUCGAUUUGAUGCAGAAGCGAAUUGUUAAGAGAAACCCUAACACAUUCCUGAGCAUUUUCAAGGCCCUAAAUGUUAAAGGAGGACUCAGGAGCGCCCCUUUUGCACUCAAGAAGAUGAAAGCAGCAGGUUUUGUCUUGAAUGCAUUUUCCGUUAAUGGUUUGAUAUAUUUCCUCCUUGAGUUGGGUUUGCAUCAAGAGGCGGUUGAAGUUUACAAGACGAUGAUCUCAGAAGGGGUUGUUCCUAGCCUCAAAACAUAUUCUGCUCUAAUGGUGGCUUCUGGUAAGAGAAGGAAAAAUGAAUUUGUUAUGGAGCUUUUAAACGAGAUGGAAAGCUUAGGAUUGAAACCAAAUCUGUACACCUUUACAAUAUGCAUCAAUGUUCUUGGAAAAGCAGGAAAAUUUGAUGAAGUUUAUAGUCUUUUGAGGAGGAUGGAAGAUGAUGGGUGUAAACCGGAUGUUGUCACUUAUACUGUGCUUAUUGAUGUUCUUUGUGAAGCUGGGAAACUCAAGCAAGCCCUGGACCUGUUCUGGAAGAUGAAAUCAAGCGAGCAGAAACCUGAUAGAGUAACUUAUAUUACGUUGUUGGACAAGUUUGGUGAUGCCGGUGAUUUACAAUUGGUGCUUAAGUUUUGGAUGGAAAUGGAAGCUGAUGGUUAUAUAGCUGAUGUGGUUGUUUUCACCAUACUAGUGGAUACUUUCUGCAAACAUGGAAAGAUUGGACAAGCCUAUGAGAUGCUUCGAGUAAUGGAGGAAAAAGGCGUAUCGCCGAACUCGCACACUUAUCAUGCAUUGAUUGGGGGGCUCUUAAGGGACAAUAGAUUAGACGAAGCUAAAGAGCUCCUACAUUGUAUGGAACUUAAUGGUCUAAAACCUACAUCUUUUUCGUAUGUCCUUUUCAUUGACUACCAUGGAAAAGCUAGAGACUUUGAGCAAGCUUUUAAAACAUAUGAGAUGAUGAAAAGUGAGGGAAUUGUGCCCAACAUUGUAGCUUUUAAUUCUUGUUUGUACGGUCUAGCUGAAUCCUCGAAUUUAGCGAAGGCGGAAGAAUUAUUUCAAGAAUUACAAGUCAUUGGCUUAUCUCCAGAUGCUAUCACUUAUAGCAUGAUGAUAAAAUGCUACAACAAGUCUGGGAAAGCCAAUGAAGCUAUAAAAAUGUUCGUCGAAAUGACCAAAAAUCGAUGCGAUCCAGAUGAAAUUACAGUGAAUUCGCUCAUUGAUGUGCUCUACAAGGCAGGUAGAGAGGAAGAAGCUUGGCAGAUGUUCCUCAGAAUGAAGACAAUGAAACUAGAACCAACUGUUGUUACUUUCAACACAUUAUUGGCAGGCUUAGGAAAGGAAAAAAAGGUUAAAGAGAUGAUGCAGCUGUUUCAGGAGAUGAAUUCACAUGGUUGUUCUCCAAAUACCAUAACAUACAAUACAUUAUUAGAUUGUCUUUGCAAGAAUGGGGCGGUUGAUAUGGCAAUUAAUAUGCUUUAUGGAAUGAUGGAAAAAAAUUGCACACCUGACCUUCUAUCUUAUAACACUGUUAUACAUGGUCUAAUCAAAGAGGAUAGAAUAAAAGAAGCAUUAUGGUUCUUCCAUCAAAUGAGGAAAGUUUUAUUUCCUGAUUUUGCUACUCUGUGUACUAUCCUUCCUGGUCUUUUGAGAAAUGGAUUUGUUGAUGAAGCACUGUAUCUUGUUGAUAAAUACAUAUUUCAGUUAGAUGUAGAAAUGGGCAGGGGACCUUGGGAAGCUCUUAUGGAAGGGGUGUUGAUUGAAGCUGGAUUUGAUAAAUCAGUUGCCUUUGCUGAAAGACUUGCUGCUAAUGAAACAUUCACUAAUGAUUACUUAUUAUGCUCUCUGAUUAAAUAUCUUUGCAAGCAUAAGAAUGCUCUUCCUGCACUGAAUCUCUUUAAGAAAUUCAAGAGCUAUGGUAUUAAACCAACCAAUUACGCAUAUAAUGAUCUAAUUUGCGGCCUUGCCGAAUCCAACCUCACCGAAACUGUUCGAGAAAUUUUUGAGGAAAUGAAAAGGACUGGCUUUUUUCCUGAUAUUUUUGCCUGCAAUUACUUGCUUGAUAAUUUGGGAAAAUCCAAGAGGAUGGCCGAAAUGCUGGAUCUUUACAAAGAGAUGCAUGUUAAGGGAAGAAAACCAAAUAUUUUUACUUACAAUAUAGUUAUUUCAGGUCUUGUUAGAUCCAAUAAAUUAGAUCAGGCUAUUGAUUUCUACUAUGAUUUGGUGAGCAGAGAGAUCACUCCAACCCCAUGUACAUAUGGUCCUCUUAUCAACGGGCUUCUCAAGUCUGGCAAAGUAACCGAAGCCGAAGAUCUCUUCCAAGAGAUGCUUGAUUAUGGAUGCAAGCCUAAUACUGCAAUUUACAAUAUUCUCAUGAAUGGUUAUGCAAAGUCUGGUGAUACACGAAGUGCCUGUCAACUGUUGGAAGAAAUGCAUGAAAGGGGAGUAAAACCCGAUGUGAAAUCAUAUACUAUCUUGAUAGACUCUCUCUGCUUCAUCAAUAGAGUCCAUGAAGCUUUUCUGUAUUUUCAGGAAAUGGUUGCUUCAGGCCUUGAGCCUGACCUUAUGACUUAUAAUUUCAUGAUAGAUGGUCUUGGCAAGUGUCAGAGAUUACAGGAAGCCAUGGCUCUCUUUGGUGAAAUGCAGAAGAAGGGCAUUGUUCCAGAUUUGUAUAGCUACAACUCCUUGAUUUUCAGCUUUGGGAAGGCAGGGAAAAUAAGUGAAGCUUGGAGAAUAUAUGAGCAGCUUCAGCUGAAGGGUUUGGAGCCAAAUGUCUUCACAUAUAAUGCUCUUAUUCGGGGAUACAGUAUAUAUGGGGAAGCCGAGGAGGCUUAUGCUGUGUAUAAGAAGAUGAUGGUGGGAGGUUGCCAACCGAAUAUGGGAACAUUUGAGCAGCUUCCUAAUCGGUAAUGUUGCACUUCACAACACCUUUCAGCAUUUAUUUUUUUAUUCUGAUGUAUGGUGAGUAGAUGAACUGAAUUACUGACCGUUAAGGUUUGUAACCAGCUGUAGUUUUCCUGCUAGCUGGAACUUAUUCUUAGUUCUUUCUAAUUUUUUUUUUGG